AUGGCUGGACCACGAGUUCUCGCGGCCAAUGUCGUGCGGGCUGUGCCUCGCAUUGGGGCUCGCUCCCAUGUGAUGACGGCCUCUGCCACGGCUUCGCUUUUGCGACUCAGCGCACAAGCUGGACGCGCCAGACUGAGCUUGACCAGAGCUCCCCGCCAUUGUCUCCGAGUAGCAUCUUAUUCCUCCUCUGCAGGUGGUGCUGCUAGCUCCCCUCCCCCACCUUCGACCCUCAACAGCUCGAGACCGGCGACGAUCGAGGUCAAUGGCAAGACCUACACCACCGACGAAUGGUUCAACGUCCCCCAGACCGUCCUCGCUCUCACCGGCCGCAAGCUUCAUCUCCAGAAAGACCACCCCGUUGCCAUCACCCGCCAGAUCAUCGAGUCCAAGUUCUCCACGGCCACCUACAAGCGCUACAAUGAGUUCGACCCGGUCGUCAGCACCAUCGAGAACUUUGACUCGCUCGGUUUCCCGCCUGACCACGUCGGCCGCGCCCGCUCCGACACCUACUACAUCAACGAGACCACGCUCCUGCGCACGCACACUUCAGCCCACGAGGCCGAGCUCUUCCGCGCCAGCGCCUCGGACGGCUACCUGAUCAGCGCCGACGUCUACCGCCGCGACGAGGUCGACCGCAGCCACUACCCCGUCUUCCACCAGAUGGAGGGAGCCCGCGUGUGGGACCGCACCAAGGUGCCCAACGGCGACGUCGUGGCCGCCAUCUACGCCGACCUGGCCAAGCUGCCCACGCACGACGUCAAGGUCGAGGACCCCAACCCGCCGCACCACCCGGAGCGUAACCCGCUGCAGAGCGGGCAUCAUAGUCCUGAGGAGGCCGAGGCCAUCGCCGCCCACCUCAAGCGCUCGCUCGAGCUCAUGGUCGUCGAGAUCUUCACCCGCGCCAAGCAGGCCGCCGCUCGUCAGGAUCCCAACUACGUCGACGAGCCGCUGCGCGUCCGCUGGGUUGAGGCCUACUUCCCCUUUACGUCGCCUUCGUGGGAAUUGGAGGUGUACUACCAGGGUGACUGGCUUGAGGUACUGGGCUGCGGUGUCAGCAAGCAGGAACUGUUCAUCAAUGCGGACCAGCCGCAACAGCUCGGCUGGGCGUUCGGUAUUGGGCUUGAGCGCAUCGCCAUGCUGUUGUUCCAGAUCCCCGACAUCCGUCUCUUCUGGUCCAAGGAUGAGCGUUUUCUGAGCCAGUUCACUGGCGUGCAGGAUAACCUUGACAAGCUGAAGCGCUUUGUUCCCUUCUCCAAGUAUCCGGCUUGCUGGAAGGAUGUCUCCUUCUGGCUGCGGUCAACGUCCGCGGCUGGUGGGAACACUGCCGUGGCCAACGUGCAUGACUUUCAUGAAAAUGACCUGAUGGAGGUGGUGCGCGAAGUUGCCGGGGAUGUGGUUGAAGACGUCCAGCUGAAGGACCAGUUCACUCAUCCCAAGACGGGCAGGAAGAGCAUGUGCUAUAGAAUCAACUACAGGAGCUUGGAAAAGACUCUGACGAACGAGGAGGCGAACGACUUCCAUGAGCGGGUAAGGCAAGGAUUGGCGGAGAAGCUUGGUGUUGAGCUUAGGUAG